AUGGUUUCUACUCAAGUUCUCACUGUUCUCGCUCUUCUUCCUGUCGUUGUCUACGGAUACACGUGUCAUUUGCAAGACAGUGGUGUCAACAUGGCGUACACCGAAUGCACCACCAACAGUUUCUGUACAAAGUGAGUCGAGCCAACAAAACGGCUUUUUAACCGUACUAUUCAGAACUCUGGAGUUUGACAACAACAACUCUUUGGAGAAAACGUUGAAAGGAUGCGACAACGGAGCGUGUCAGACCACGGGAUGCUACAAUACCAACAAAAACGGCUACGAUGGCUCUUGGAGCACCAUCUGCUGUUGCACUGGCGAAUAUUGCAACAGCUCGACGACAAAGAGUCUCAUGGCUUUGCCCGUUUUGCUUAUAA